AUGACGGGUGAAACCACAAAUGGUAAAGACAGAAUAAAUACAUUUUUAGAAACAAAUGAAAACCAACCUUUAGAAAGUGAAAAAACAAAUACCCCUUUGGAAGAAAAUACCAAAGAAAUGUCAGAUAAUAUUCAUAUUAAAAGCUAUGAUGAUAUAAAUAAUGAUAAUGCACCAAACAUUAUUUCUAAACAAAGCUUCCAUGAAAGUGAUGAUCAAGUUGGGACCAUAGAAGAUAAAAUAAUAAAAAACUACUUAAGCAAACAAGCUAAUAGUUUUGGAAUAAAUAUCUUCGAAAAAAAUGACACCUCUAAUGUAGUAGAUACUAGUAGUAGUGACACAGAUAGUACACCAUUAUUAGAUAUAUUUAAAAAAGAGGAAUUACAAAAAAAAAGAAAAUUAUCAAAAUCUAUUUUGAAAAAAAGGGAAGACAUAAAAUCUGUAAAGCGAAUUUGUGACAGUGAAACAUCAGAAAAUGAUGAAGCAAAAAAUAAAAACAAAAAUAAUAAAUAUCUCAUCGAUUUAAAUCCUAGUAAAACCAAAGAGUUUGAUAAUAGUAAUUGUAAAAAAGACCCCGAUGAAAAUUGCAUAAGCAGUGAUGAUGAGCUUUUAAUUAGUUUAAUAAAAGAAGAACAGCAUAAAAAUGCUAAAUCUUCCAAAAACAAAUUUAAUAAUAAUAAAAAAGAAGGUGCGGAUACCUCAUCUUGUGAUGCAUCUGAUUAUGAUUCGGAUGAAGUCCUAAUAGUUAAAAGUAAAAAAAAAGACAACAAUAAAAUUGUUCAUAAUAAUCUAGGCAAUAAAAAAAGUGUAGUUAGUAUAAAAAAUGCCAAACUUAUACCAUUAAAGCAUAACAAUAGUGCAAAAAAUAAGGCAAUAAAUAAAGCAAAAAUUAAGGCAAAAAAUAAAGAAAAAAAUAUAGGAAAAAAUAAUAAAACUACGAUAAAAGACAUAGGCAAAAUUAGAAAGCUUGGCAAGAAACAAACAAAUAAAAAUGUUGAAAAAAAAAAAAAAAAAAUACAAAAAAAAAAACUUGUAGCACAAUUGCUAACAAGAUGGUGGUAUGUAUUACCUGACUGGCCCAUACCAUAUUAUGAUUACACCAACGAAUUAGAAACCAAAAAAUUAAAAUUAGUUUCCUUAGAAGAGUUUGAAGAUCAUGAAGAUAUAGAUAAAAAUGGAUUUAAAAAAGUUUAUGAAAUAUCAGCAUUUCCUGGUGUUUUUAGAGACUCUUUAGGAACUGCCUAUGAUUUAAGAGAUAAAGAAACAUGCCCAUGUUAUAAUAAUUUUAUAAAAAAAUCGGAUUUAGAAUUAUUACAAUUAAUAUGUACAGCUAUCAAAAAUCAAAUGGACUGUUUAAAAAAUUCAGUAUACAACGAAACAUAUAAAAAAAAUAUUCUCGAAAAAGAAUUAAAUGAAGUAGAAUCCAAACUUAGAAAAGUUAUGGAUAAAAAUGCCAAAAUUGUAGAAUAA